AAACUUAACCAAAUUGUAAAUCCUCUUGAAUUUUGACCCAGAUUCCCAAAAUUCCCGAGAUACGUCAGAAAACGCUUCCUUUGAAAAGUCUUGAGAUGGGUGGCCUUCUGGAGAAGCCCUCAACGGACAAGGAAAUAGAAUUGGGGAGCGGCAAUGGACUGCGGUACUGUGUAUCUUCGAUGCAGGGCUGGAGAAUGGAAAUGGAGGAUGCCCACACAGCUGUGUGUAGUCUGGAGAAGCCCUUCGACUUUUGGUCAUUCUUUGCUGUCUAUGACGGCCACGCUGGAGGCCGCGUAGCAACGUAUUGUGCGGAGCACCUAUUGAGCACCAUAAUGUCCAAUGAGCAAUUCGCAAGGGGCCAUUACGUGGCAGGAAUACGCGCUGCUUUCCUGCAGAUCGACGAGGAUAUGCGGAGACUUUCCUACGAUAGAUCAGGUGGCACCACUGUCACAUGUGCCCUUGUGUCGCCCGACAAGAUCUAUCUGGCCAACUGCGGCGACUCGCGUGUAGUUCUCUCCCGAAACGGCCUAGCUGAAUUCAGCACUUCUGACCACAAGCCGACCCUUCCCUUGGAAAGAGCCCGCAUAGUGCGCGCUGGCGGGAGUGUGAUGAUCCAACGGGUGAACGGAACCCUGGCCGUCUCCCGUGCUCUGGGGGACUUUGACUUCAAGUGCGACAGCUCGCGCUCCAGCUGCGAGCAGCUCGUCUCUCCGGAGCCAGAUCUGACUGUCCUCGAGCGUAAGCAGACUGAUGAAUUUUUGGUAAUUGCCUGCGACGGCAUUUGGGAUGUUAUGAGCAGUGAAGACGUUUGCGCAUUCAUUAGAUCGCGUCUCCGCGUGACCACCAACCUCACAUCGAUUGUCAAUAGUGUUUUGGACAUUUGCCUGCACAAAGGCAGUCGUGACAACAUGAGUUUGCUGCUGCUGCUUCUGCCAGGUGCACCAACGGUCAAUGCCGAUGCCAUGGCCGAGGAUCAGCGCCUUGACCACACCUUUGAACAGUUGACACUGGAAGUCAUUCAAAAGAACGAAUUAAUGGAGUUUGACGAGUUGCUUGUCCUGAUGAAUGCGAUGACCAGAAAUAUUACAAAUUUACCCCCCGGCGGUGGCAUCUACGCCAAGUAUCAUAUCAUUGAGCGGUUCUUUCAUGAAGCAAAUCCCGAUAAGCCGCCCGAGUUUUUCGAGUACAACUACUAAAUAGCAUAGCCCAUAAAACAUUAAAACUAAAUUAGAUUUAAA